UUAAAUUAGCAGGUUCAUAAGAUCUUUGGUCCAGAAAGGAAAAAAAGAAACAAAGAAGUGAUUUAUGAGAGAUUUAAUGCAAAUUUAAUCAGAUUCCAGUCGGUAUCUAAUUGGAGAUAAUUAAGCGACGAUCUUUCGAGUAAUUCCCACUAGUGACUAUAAAAAUAUUAGGAACAAGAAAUGCUAGUGUAAUUAAAAUAAAACAUUGCAUAAUAAAAAGUGGAAUAAGAGUUGUGAUUAAUAUAAAAACAAAUUGUGUGAAAGAUAAAUAAAAACAAAAAUGUUAGCGAGAAUAUUGAUUUGCUUGGUCGUUUUACAAGUUUGCAUCAAUGGUCAGAGUUUCUUGUCAUUUGAUCCACACUCACAAGAAUGUGCACUCGUUAUGGGCCCAGGACGAUCAUCAGCGUUCGACUAUGGCGUGAAUUUAUUCCGAGGGACCUUAGGUCCACAAGUUCAAUCGCAUACUUGCAUCACUUAUGAUGCCGUCAAUCAAGCUUACAUUGAUGCGAGAAAAAGAAUUCGUGUUGCGACUCCGAAAGGUGAGUGGAAGCCUGAAGACAUCGCGACAGUUGGUGAACUAUUGUUGGACAUGUCGAUACAACUUGCAAGAACCUAUGGAUUGAGCUACGAAGACAUAGAGAAGGGACUGCCGCAAAUUGACACAUCAAAAACUCUUGUUCGCGAGGUGUGCCCACCAUUCUUAUCAGGUGUUGAAUGUCGUCCGGGAAAGUAUCGUCGAGUUGAUGGUCUAUGUAACAAUUUAGAGAAUCCAACAUGGGGUGCAGCCAACACACCAUUCCAACGUUUAAUCGGACCACUUUAUUCAGACAGUAUCGGAUCACCGCGUAUCUCUGUGACUGGUCAUGAUUUACCACUUUCCCGAGUUGUAUCACGCACAAUUCAUCCCGAUGAAGGUUAUCAUGAUCAUGCGGGAACUGUUAUGAUCGUUGCUUGGGGACAGUUCAUGGAUCACGAUUUGACAUUGACUGGAACGCCAUUGGAUCCGAGAAGUCGAAAUGAUCCCGAAGAAUGUUGCAAACGUCCAUUACAUUUGAAGCAUCCUUAUUGUAAUGAAAUGCCUAUUCCUGAUGAUGAUUAUUUCUAUCGUUUAUUCAAUGUUAAAUGCAUUGAUUUCGUCAGAGCUUUCCCAUCACCACGACCUGGUUGUAAGUUGGGAUCACGUUUACAAUUUAACACUUUAACAGCUGUUAUUGAUGGCAAUACAAUCUACGGUGUCAGUGAAAAGUAUACUAGAAAGUUGAGAACGGGAUUCGGUGGAUUUUUGAGAAUGAAUCCAGUCUUUUCUGAAUAUGGCUUGAAAGAUUUAUUGCCACUUAAACUCGACUAUCCAGAUGAAGGUUGUUCAAGACCAAACAAAGGAAUGUUCUGCUUCGAAGCUGGUGAAAUUCGUGUCAAUGAACAGCUCGUUUUGACUUGUAUGCAUACAUUGUUAGCUCGUGAACAUAAUCGUUUAGCAACUGAGUUAUCUCGCAUUAAUCCACAUUGGGAUGAUGAAACACUUUUCCAAGAAGCGCGCAGAAUAAACAUCGCUAUCAUUCAACAUAUCACUUACAAUGAAUUCCUACCAAUUAUUUUGGGUAAAGAAGUUAUGGAGAAGUUCGGUUUGUUGACACAGAAAGAAGGAUAUUGGGAUGGUUAUGAUCCACAUGUUAAUCCAGCUAUUAUUGAUGCUUUUGCUGCUGCUGCCUUCCGUUUUGGUCACACACUUUUACCGACUGCUGUUGAACGAUGGUCCAAGGCUCACAAAUUCAUUGCUUCGAAACGUCUUUCAGAUCUCAUUCGUCGUCCAUUUGAUUUGUAUCGUGCUGGUGUCAUGGAUGAAUAUUUAAUGGGUUUAAUGAAUCAAGUCGCUCAAGCUGUUGACGAUUCAAUUACACAAGAAGUUACGAAUCACUUAUUUAAGAAGGAAGGUGAACGCUUUGGCAUGGAUUUAGUGUCAUUCAACAUGCAACGUGGUCGCGAGUUUGGCGUGCCUGGUUUUAAUGAAUUCCGCAAAUUCUGUGGUCUUCAUAUGGCUGAAACAUUUGAAGAACUCUUUGGAUCGAUGCCUAAUGAAACUGUUCGACGAUAUCAAAGUAUAUUUGAGCAUCCACUUGAUAUUGAUCUUUGGAGCGGUGGAGUUUCGGAGAAGUCAUUGCCCGGCUCUAUGCUUGGCCCAGUUUUCUCUUGCAUCAUUGCAACACAAUUCAGUUAUUUAAAACGAGGUGAUCGCUUCUGGUAUGAGCUUCCGAAUCAACCUUCAUCAUUCACACCCGAACAACUACAAGAAAUACGGAAAGUUAAAUUAGCUCGCGUGAUGUGCGACAAUACUGAUCUGAUUGACUCCAUUCAAAUUUAUCCAAUGGUUUUGCCUGAUCAUGAGCUAAAUCCUCGUGUGCCCUGCAAAUCUGGAAUAAUUCCUUCCAUAGAUCUUUCUAAAUGGGCUGAAGAUUUCGAUCACUACUCGCCUCAUCAAUACCAAUUCCUUAACGAUGUAUCCGACAUCAACUACAAGAAGUAAAAAUCUUACCACCAUCAUCGGAUUCUUAAGCAGAUACAAAAGAAAAUUUCUUUCAUAACUUCUCAAGCGAGGCUCAAAUUUUUGUAACGUCAUCAUCGGGAUCACAAUUUAUUUAUUGAUUUGAAUACAAGUCUGAAAAAAUCUGCAAAGUAUGCGACAUGAAAUUACAAUUCAUCUUCUGGAGUUGAUUGGAGUAAAGCUUUCGUUCUGCAUCAUCAUUAGACUUCUACUGACAUCAUCAUUAUAAUUAUUAAAUCUUUUGCCAUUUCAUCCAUUACCUUCCUUUCUUCUUUAUUUAGUUUCGUUUCGAAAGUCAUCUAAGUUUAAACUUGAAUUAAAACUCUCAUCAUUUGUCGUCGUCAUUUUUUAUUUUUUAUUGUUUGAUUUUUGUUUUCUGCAUUUACAAUUUAUUUUCUUGCCAUUUCUUUAACCAAGUCUUUUCAUUGUCAUUUAUCUACUUCUUUGUCAUUCACUAAGUUUUUUCAUCAUUUUGUAUAUUAUCCAUUAUGUGUUUCAAAUCUAACAUUGAGUCUUAUUUAAAAUAAUCUUGAAUUUAAAAAAAAAAGAAGACAUGCCAUGCCAUAUAAAAAAUUAUACAAUUUUUCUAACGUUGCAUCUUUUUCGUUAGCAAAAUUUUUCAUCGACAUUUAUGAUUAUAAGUGCUUCUCGAUUAAAACGAAAUUAAUGUUUUGUGUACCUUACGUAUUUGCCUUUUGUGUGUAAAUAAAAAUGAGAUUCUAAAAUUUAA